AAAAACAUCUAUGGUUUGAUUAACGGUUUAUGUUUACGACAUUCGGAAGGUUGAAAGUUGAAGUGCGCUCAAAUGCGCAGGAGAAACUAGAUUUAAUCAAAUUUAAACCUUCAGUUUUUAGUUUACGGAACGUUUGUCAGGUAGCGCGUCUAUUUCUGCGUUUUUUAUUUUUUUUUAUUUUUUUGUAUAUCUUUAAUUAACAUGGCGAUUAAAAUACUAAAGAGUUUUUGUGUUUGUUGUGAUUUAAAAUCCGGAGUACUUGUGCUGGGUUUUUUAGAGAUUUUAGGCAGCCUUGGAACUUUGCUAGUAGCGCCUAUAAUCUACCGUGAAGCUUGCACCAGAGGAAAAAGCCUUGGAAAAACAGAGUGUGCUGCCGCCUACACGAGAAUGGGAGGAUUAAUUAUUUCAUCUGUGAUAACUCUUGUUUUGACUUUGCUAAUGAUCUUCGGCUCUCAAAUGGAAAAUCCUCUAAUGAUGCUGCCAAUAAUAAUCCUCAAAGGAGUUUUGAUCCUUGUAACAUUUGUCGCUACUUGGUACCUAUCAAUUUACGCUUUUAUAUUUUCAAGUGCAAGUUUUUCGUCUAUACUCUUCGCCGGCAAUAUUAGUGGUGGAAUCAUGCUGUAUAUUUGGUUAGUAAUUUGCAGCCGCAGGGAAGAAAUCAAAAAUAAAAGUGGUUCAUCUAAUUGCGCUUGAAUUUUUAUUAAAUUCAUACAAUUUUAAAUCAGAUUUAUAUAAGAAACAUGUUUUGUAUUUUUAUAAAUAAAUUAUUU